AUGGGCUCAAUCUCCCAUGAAAUGUCAGCAGUACCCAAGGGAAUCUAUUGCCCAACCAUCACCUUCUUCAUUGACGAUGAUACCCAAGAGCUAGACCUGCAAGCUCAAGCAGAUCACGUCAAAUAUUUGAUUGAAAGUGGUGUUCAUGGACUCACAGUUCUCGGCACCACAGGAGAAGCCCCUCUGUUGUCACGCGAAGAGCGGAAUGCCGUGACAAAAGUGGCAUCUUCAGUCAAGACUCAAAUGAACGCCGGAACAACAAUCGUGGUCGGAUGCUCUGCCCAAAGUGUCCGGGAAACAAUUGCGAUGUGUCAAGACGCAAAGGCAAAUGGAGGGCAGUAUGCGCUAAUUCUCCCGCCCAUCAACACAGCCAGCAAGGAUUUCCGAGAACUUUUAGCUGAUAAUUCCGAAGGUGGCAGAUCGCUCCCCAUACCAAUCAUUAUCUAUUCCUUCCCAGCUGUGACUCAGGGGGUGGAUAUGAAUUCUGACCUCAUUGCGUCGCUUGCAAAGCAUGCUAAUAUUGUUGGUGUGAAGUUGACUUGCGGAAACGUGGGUAAACUUGCCCGGCUGGCAAGCAGCUUUGGUCCUUCCAAGUUCGCUGUCUUCGGUGGCUCGAGUGACUGGUUACUUCCAGGUCUAAUUGCGCAAUCAUGUGGUGCCGUUACAGGUCUUGCCAAUACGCAUCCUCGAUCAUGCGUCCGGCUUUUUGAUUUAUUUCAUAAAGGAGACUAUCACCAAGCCGGCAAGCUGCAGGGGAUUAUCAGUAGGGCCGAGUGGGGUAUGGGAAGCACCGGUAUGAAUGGCACAAAAUAUGCCAUUGAGUGGUCUAGGGGGUAUGAGAAGAAGUUACUUCCGAGAGCGCCGCUGAUAGAAUGUUCCGAGGCGACAAAGUUUUGGAUUCGGAAUACGAUGAAGGAGUUGACAGCCUAUGAAAAUGAACUGGCUUUGGGAAAAGCUUGUGCCUCAUGA